AUGAGCGAAGUAGCCCGAUAUCUCGAUCACAACGACAUUGUCCAUCUCCUCCUCAUCAACUCCCUCUUCCACCAAGCACUCGCUCCUUUCCUGUUCGACGAGCUGAGGAUCGAAGACACGCGUUCAGGCAACAAGAACAACCCAUUCGACAUACCAGAGGUCAAGGAAGCCCUUAUCCAACACCACUAUCGUAUCCGCACCCUCCACGUCCGUUCCCUCAAGUCCAGCGCCUUUUCUACCAUUGCCAGCCUCCCUGGGCUGAGCAAUCUCACCACGCUUUCAAUUCGUGACUAUCUCACUACGGAGCAGCAGUGCAACCAAUUGCUAGCAGUUUUAGAGAAGUGCCCGAAUUUAAGGUCACUGUAUGUGGAGAGACCACCGCCAACAGAGUGGCUGGAGCCAUUGCUCAAGUCUAUCGCGAGGGCAUUGCCGGCUCUUCAAGAACUGGAGCUGUUUACCGAGGGGCAGCCCAUAGUCUCGCCACGAGUCGCCCGAGAGUUUUUUGAGACUUGUUCCUCCGAGCUGGUGGCUAUGACCUUGGGACUGAUGUUCUACUCGGACGACCUUGACGAGGACGAGUAUGAGUCAUUGAUGCUACCUGUGGAUGGAUCGCAAACCCAUCCCAAGCUCAAGUACUUUUCUCUACGCUCCCAUGUCCAUUCAGAUGAGCCCCGAAUUGUCCCCGCUGUCUUGUCGACUUUUCUCCGGGGAUGCAAGAGUCUCGAAGUCGUCGAUGACACUCUCACCUUCAAGGCCUCGAGCCUGUCGUGGAUCCAUGCACACCCCGAGAUCCUUGACGCCUUGCAAGAGGCGAUGGGUGUUCGUCUGAUGGCGCUCGUAAUGAUCAGCAGCGAGGACAUUCUCGAGAUGGAGAACUUUGUCGCCCACGAGAUCAGCAACUUUGGUGGCCAACGACGAGACGACGGAAUACAACAGGUCUGGCACACCAUCUUCCUCAUGACUUGUCCGCCACCAGGAUCCGCCAGUCUGCGAGCUCUAGUCGAUGCCUCUCGGAAGGGUCUGCAGAAAUUGAUCAUCUGCGACAGUGAUUAUGUCGUUGGUUCGGAACUCCACUCGGUUUUUCAUCAGGGUCGGUCGCUGGCUAUGAUGAACUUUGACAACUUCCCCACGAUUCACGCCUCGGACUUGCUAUCGUCUCCUUGGAAUUCUCGUUGGUUGACUACGCUCAAGAUUAGGAUCGCAGGCAUCCCACGCCCCGAUGUGCAAAGGGACUACAAAAAUCGACCGAUACCUGAAGGGACGCCGUUGCACAGUGGGACUGUGGAAGAGAGUCGAAUGAUCCAACGGCGUGUUUAUUCCCAGCUAGGGUCCUUGGCGAAUCUAAGAGUGCUGGAACUAGGAACGACCUACCAUCGAGGAAACGUGGUGCGAGAGAAUGGCAAGAAUGGGGAUUACGUGGCGUUCGAUCAUAUGCUUCAGGUGACUAGUUUGGAGAUGACACUUGAGAGUGGACUGGAUUUGUUGUCUGGAUUGACAAGGUUGAGGGAGCUAAAUGUCGGCACCAUGGACCAUCGGAUCGGAAAGAAGGAGCUCUUUUGGAUGCAGCGGCAUUGGCCGUACUUGACGGACUACCAGCGGCUUCGCUCGCGUGGAGCAAGUGCGGUUCUGAGGAUGGGCCGGCUCAGGACGAAAAUGCAAAUACGGUCUUCGUUGCAAGUCCUUCCUCAGCACUCCAAGGCCGAUGGCUCAUGCCCAUUCAUUACGGACAUUUCGAGCCGAGACUGGACAUACGCUGCCAUGGGCUAG